AGAUACGGCCAUGCAGCCCACACCGCUCGAUUGCUCAAUGCGCAUGCGUGGACACAAGUUUUCCGCUGUUUAUGUAGGCUAGAGUUAAUUUGCCGAUUAGCCGUUCUUCUUUCCUAUUAGAGCAUCUGUGGCACAUACGCACUGAGCUGCUGAGCCGUGGACCGAACCGGACAGGACCGGGCGGGUUUGGAGCAGGAUCCGCUUCCGGUUUACACACGUGAGAGAAGAGCAGCUUUCGGUGAAUGUAAUCGCGCGUGUGUGGGCUAAAUGGGAACGUCUCGCUGGAACCACGUCGUGCUUUGCUGUGUUCAGUCAGGAGUUUAGGUUUGUGCCGAACAACAGAUUCUUUAAGCUGCAACACGUGUUUCUGCCUCCACGUUUGUUGAUCCCUCACCUGCGCCAACUCUUGGCUGCGAUGGCUGAGUCUCAGCCUUCGGUUGUUCUUGACCACGUUGGAGAGAAGAGAGGAUGUCCAGAGGAUGAGAAGGAAGAGAUACCGUCCAAGAAACCAAGAGUUGAGAGCGAUCAUGAGAACGGAGGGCCCGCCCAUCAAGAUGAGGAGCAGGGGCCUGUGGAGGAAGCCAGUGAAGGAGAGGAGGACGGGGAGACCUUCGCUGAUAUGAUGAAACAUGGCCUCACUGAGCUGGACGUGGGCAUCUUGAAGUAUAUCAGUGACCAUGAGGGGUUUUCAGGAAUCCUGAAGGAAAGAUAUUCUGAUUUUGUGGUGCAUGAAAUCAACAAACAAGGCAAAAUCGUGCAUUUAGAUGAUCUGUCUGUCCCGGCAGAGGCUGCGGACGUCCCGGAGGCUGAGCAGCAGUCAAAUGAAACCGAUGUACUGACUGCGGUGCAGAAGCAGGAGCUUGGUGAGCUGCAACUCUUCAAGAAUAAAGAGGGAAACGUCUCCAUUGAAGUGAUGGAGGAUACAAAGGAAAAACGGACGCUGGUCCACAAAGCCAUCAAGACUCAAUUUCCUGGUCUGGAGACAAAAACAGAAGAGAAGGAUGGUCGCAAGUUCAUUGUGGCGUAUCAUGCUGCUGGAAAGAAAGCACUCUCAGAGGUCAAAACUACUGCAGCUCCAAGGAAACACUUUUGGCCCAAAAAUCGUGGCAAUUUCUGCCACUUUGUCUUGUAUAAGGAGAACAAGGACACCAUGGAUGCCAUCAAUGUGCUUUCAAAGUUCCUCAGGCUCAGACCCAACAUGUUUUCUUACAUGGGAACCAAGGACAAGAGAGCCAUCACUGUGCAGGAGAUUGCUGUUCAUAGGAUCACGGCAGAGAGGCUGGCUCACCUCAACAAGUGCCUCAUGAAUCUUAAGGUUGGAAACUUCAGCUACAAAAACCAGCCCUUGAAGUUAGGGGAGCUGCAGGGGAAUCACUUCACUGUGGUCAUCAGGAAUAUCUCAGGAACAGAUGAGCAGGUCCAACAGGCCAUGACAUCGCUGAAGCAGACCGGCUUCAUCAACUACUACGGCAUGCAGCGCUUUGGCACCACAGCGGUGCCUACACAACAUGUUGGCAGGGCAAUCCUGAGAAAUGACUGGAAUGAGGUGGUGGAUUUGAUUCUGAAACCUCGUCCAGGAGCUGAGAAAGAAUUUCUGGUCCGCUGCAGGGAGGAGUGGGCAAAGUCUCAGGACCCAGAGGCAUCCCUGAAAAAGCUGCCCAACAAGCGAUGCGUGGAGGGGCAGCUGCUGCGAGGCCUGUCUAUGUAUGGCAAGAAGAACAUCAUCACUGCUUUCGGACUGAUCCCCCGUAACAACCGCCUGAUGUACAUCCACAGUUACCAGAGUGUGGUGUGGAACACCAUGGUGAGCCGCCGGAUCGAAGCCUUUGGUCUGAAGCCUGUGGAGGGGGACCUGGUGCUCAGUGGAGCCACGGCACACGUGCUGUCUGCAGAGGAGGCUGAGACUCACUCCAUCCAUGACAUUGUGAUGCCCCUGCCUGGGUUUGACGUCAUCUACCCCACUCACCAUGUGGGUAAAGGUUACAGAGAGCUACUUGCUGCAGACAGGCUGGACAUCGACAACAUGAGGCACAAAGUGAAGGACUACUCUCUGGCAGGAGCCUACAGACGUGUCGUCAUCAGGCCAAGUGAUGUCAGCUGGGAGGUGAUUCACUAUGACGAUCCCAGGAUCUCACUGGUGCACACUGACGUAGAGAAACUGGACAAGGCACCUCCUCCAGUAUUCAAUACUGAGGGCAAGUUUCGCUCCCUGCGGAUGGAGUUCUCGCUGCCUCCUUCAACGUACGCCACCAUGGCCAUACGAGAAGUCCUCAAACUGGACACAAGCAUCAAGAAACAAACGCAGCUAAACACCACCUGGUUCAACUGAGACCAGAUCAGGCUCAUAAACUGGACUUCCUGUGUGAGGUUUUUAUGUGCUCGGUUUCUGUGUGAAUCCAAAUGUUAUUUCUUUGUACUGCAAAGAGCUUUAUGGUUUCUUUUAAAAUGUUUUUACUUUAGCUUGAACGUAAUGGCACAUUAUGACAAUAAUUACAGUAAAGCCUGAGCUGAACACUCGGCAUACUCUGUACAGAAACAUUUUUUUGUUUUAUUUUACUUUAAAAUGAUUAAAAAAAGACUUCAGAUUCUGAAGGGCAGUCUACA